AUGGAGUAUCCUAUCCCAGAGGAAAGAGAGACAGAGUGGAGGGUGGCGCUUCGUACCAAUCUCUGGAAGGAGGACCGACAAAAUUCGACCCUUCCGGUGCGAGGAAAUCCUGACCACUAACCAGCACCAUGCAGAACAACUAGAGCUGCGGAUACCGUUAUUGGGAAACCAGCCCUCAGAGAAAUGGGUAAGCGAACUGGAGACGCUAGUUGAGACUGAGGUGUGGCUGAAUGAUUCCUAUCGGGCCCUGCGGUGGCAUGCUUACCACCUCUACCCAUGGCUGAUCGAGUACAAGUGUAUUGAGGGGGAAGACUACGAUGGCUCUGGUUUGUUGUGGGAUACUAUUGAAACUAGUCUCUGGUUCGGAGACACCGACAUUGCUCGCUUCUGGUCCAUCCGAGCUGAGCGGGCAGACAACUGGGACCUUACGGAGAUCGAUGCCAUUCAGCCAGAUCUAUCUUUUCUUGCCAACCGGGA